CUCUCUCCGUUAUCACCUCUUCGUCACCGUCCAAAAGCUCGGCUCUCACCACCAAUCCGCUUUACCUUUCUACCUGCUUAUAUCCCCGCUGCCGUCCGGGAUUAUUAGAGGUUGAGCACGUGGACGUCACGUGCGCCGGCUUGCUAUUUUUCCCUUUGUUCUCUCUCUCUCUCUCCCUCUCUUUUCUUUUUUUUUUUGGUAAAGUCUCUCUUUUCUUUUUUAAGUUUUUAUGUUUGCUCAUGUUCUUCUCGAAAAGAUUUGAGGAGUUGCCACCUAGUCUGCGAGUUUCUGGGUGUGUUUUCUAUUUCACCGAAUUCAAUUUACUUUCGGCACAGAAAACCUCUUUUGUUUGUUUGUUUGGAUCUCUUUUUUGUCAGAUCCGGUUCCUUUCUGCAUCUAAAAGUUCCGAGACUAAUAAAUGUGGAAAAAUUCGAACUUCUAAUUGCUACUAUGUAAGGUUGUUCUUGUGCUCAAUUUGUUGUGGUAUUAAACCGGAUAGACAUCCACACUAUGACAGAUUUGUGGCAUCUGAAGUCAUGUAGGACUUUCGGAAGAAAAGUUUAUCUAUAUGUCUACUUAAAUAACUUUUGAUAGCUCUUCAUUCUCGAGAAGGUGGCUAAGGAGGGCUUGCUGGUUGGGUCGCAUGAGGUUCAUACGUUAUUUGCGUUCCAAUUUGCAAGAUGCCUAAAAUAUUCGCUACAUGUUGCACUAAUGCAAAAAACUGGAUGAUUGAUGGACGAAUUUCUUUAUUUUUUUCUUUGAUAUUUCUAUUUUAAAGUGCAAAACAUGUUCCCGAUUGUUCUUGGUGAUCUCAUCUUAUAAUGUUCAAGACACAUCCAGAAUUAGAUUUUUUAUAAUAAAGGAGGCUAAGAAAGCCACCUGGUUUUUAUUAAGGAUAAAAAGCUAUUUAUAUUUAGAAGUAGAUUAAACAAAAAAGUACAUAGAUUGUCUUUUCCUUUUUUAUGCCCGAGAAUAACAGUGAUGGUGGCUUCAAUUAUUUCAUAGAAAUGACAAAAGAAUCACCAAUGUCGAACACCUGGGAAACACCUCCCUUGAUGAUCAGAACAGAGGCUCAAUUAUUAUAUGUAGUCCUAUAUGACUGAAAAUAAUUCUCAUAUUGUUUGUUUUUGAAUGAGAGUAGGUUAUAACAGAUGAAUUAAUGACGAUCAGAACUCUGUCUCUGGUUCACUUGUUUUACUCUCUGCUGAUCAAUAAUAGCAGUAUCUUUUGCAGGUCUGAAUUAUAUAUAAAUAUUUUAAUCUCGUCAGUAUGUGAGGCAGCACAACCAUGAUUUGCUUCAAGUAACAGUUACUUGUCAGUUUGCUUGGGGAAUUACAUUGCAUUUCAUAUAGCUCUCUCUGGAGAAAAAUAUGCUAGCAAUUUCAGAUCUGUUGAUGUCUUUGGCUUGAGUUUUAUUGCUGUGUUAUUAACUGCAUACCAUUCAGUUUUAACGAGCCGUAGUUGGGGGAAUGCAAGACGCAGAGAAGAUUGUUGUGGCCAAACCUGUGGCUUCUCGACCUUAUUCCAAUCUCAGGUCCUUCUCAGAGCUCCUUGCUGACGCCAUGAAUGCUUCUCCUGUGACUUCAUUUGCUGAGGCAACGGUUACCAUCAGGCCGAAGACUGUGAGAUUUAAACCCUCACCAAAUGCUGCCCUAGCUGAGGUUUCAUCCCUGGGAAACUUUGAUGCCGGUCAUCAAAACCCCGCCACAGAUGUGCAAGCCCCAGUUCAUGUUAUAGGGCAAGAAAAACACCAAUUCCAGCUCCAGCCUACUCUCAGCUGUCAACAGAAUUCAUUUUCGCACAUUGAUAUGAACCAUAUUUAUAAGCCUUCAAAUUCUGUGCCUGAGAGCACAGAACAAGAUACAAGAAAACAACCAGCAACUGGUGGAGACCGACCUUCGUACGAUGGUUAUAACUGGAGAAAGUAUGGGCAAAAGCAAGUGAAAGGAAGUGAAUGCCCACGCAGUUACUAUAAAUGUACACAUCCAAAUUGUCCUGUAAAGAAGAAGGUUGAGAGAUCAUUUGAUGGACAAAUAGCGGAAAUUGUCUACAAGGGUGAACACAAUCAUCCUAAGCCUCAGCCACCUAAGCGACUCUCAUCAGGGUCACAAGGGCAAACAGUUGUUUCUGAAGGGCAUGGGAAAGAGAGUGACAAUCCAUUGCGGAGCCACCAUCUUGUUUGGGGGAAUGUAUCUGAUGGACAAGUUGAGAAAGGCAUUGAAAUAAGUCUUCCAGACACUACCUCUUUUCUUGGGAAGGCAUAUUUUUCUCAUGAUCCACCUUUUGCUACGUCAUACAAUAGCGUUGCUAGGAAUCCUGAUAGUGCUGGUCGACUCAGUGGGGCCUCUGAAUUUGGAAACGCAACAGCUAGUAUAGAUAAUGACAAGCCUAAUUAUAAUAGAAGGAAGAAUGAGAAUCAAGUUAGUGGAGCAGGCGCCGUAAUGGAAGGUGUUGCAGAGCCUCAUUCUGCAACACAGACUAUGGUAGAAUCAGAUGUCUCUGGAGAUGGAUUUCACUGGCGAAAAUAUGGACAGAAGGUUGUGAAGGGAAAUUUAUAUCCAAGAAGUUACUACAGAUGCACCACUCCUAACUGUAACGUGCGUAAGUAUGUUGAGAAGGCAUCAGAUGAUUCAGGAUCUUUCGUUACAACAUAUGAGGGAAAACACAAUCAUGCGCUGCCAGCUAAGAAGACAAACCUAGCUGCUUCUGACCCUGAUGCAGUAGCCCUUAACAACUCCAGGCAUAAUUUGAACACUUGAAACAAGGGAGGGAAAGCAUGGCUUGAAAUUUAUCUGAUGAUCUACCUGACAAGAUGUAAUGUUUCUUUUCAAAAUCAAGCAAUCUCCAAACUGGAAAGGAAUUUGACGGUCAAAGAUGUUUAGCUAUGUUCCGAGAGGCUCCGCAAGGUUGCAGCAUGGUGCACAACGCACAUGGUUAUCUUGAUCUUUAUUUUGCAAUAUUAUUCAGCAUAGCUGAUGGACACCACUUGGUAGAUUCAUGUUACUGAAGCUUAUAAUACUCUCAAGUUCUUUCAUUCAGAAAUGCUAUGAAUCUCAUCAAGGGUUUGCCUUUUCUUUCUCAUUAACAUUGUAUUUUAUUGCUAUAAAAAAGGCUCUGCCUUUUCUCUCAUGGCUUGUAGUAAUCUGAAAGUUUGAGGGUCCAUUAAGAAGUGAUCCAUAAAUGUAUCCAAGGCUUUGCCUUUUCUUUCUCAUGGAAACUGCAUUUUAUUGCUUUUCAUUCGAGGAUGACAUUUUCA